AUGGUAAAUAUUGACUUCACACUGGCUGAAGAUCCAGGGUCCUACACCACCCCUCCUGUUCCUGGCAACACCAUGACACCACAAGCAAGCGGCAACAGCGUUUCGGGUAACCAUGGUAAUGCAGCAUACAUGAAGCAGCAGCAGAUGCAGUUGAGUCAGCAACAAAAACAGUUCCUGCAGAGACAGAUGAUGGCUGAACAGGAGAAACAGAGGCAGCAACAAGAACAGCAGUUGCAGAGGCACCUGACCCGUCCUCCACCCCAGUACCAGGACCAACAGAACCCGCAGGCCCAGCAGAACCCAUUCCAACAACAGCAGCAGGUGUCCCAGUUCACAGGCACGUCACAGACAAUCGUUAAUGUAAACUCUUGUGGUCCUGCCCCAGGAGCUCAGCGAAUGUUCUCUCAGACACAAAGCAUGAUGGGAAUGGGUGUGGGCCAGAGUGGCGGCCCCCCUCCUGGAGCCCCUUCUGUUGCCAGUCAAGCAGAUAUGAAUCUUCCACCCUGUGCAGGUGGUCUUGAUGUCAUCUAUGGGAACAUGCCUCUGCAUUCCUCCCACCCCAACCAACAGAGACCACUAGUACAAACUAUGUCUGCUGCCUACCGACAGAACAUUUUAACAGUCCAGCAGCAAGCACAUUUGAAGAGCCAACCCAACACUGCCAUGCUAAAACAACAACAGAAGCACCUAGUGCGGCUUCCUAAUAGCAUGCCCAAUGUCAUGGCUAAUAACAUGAGCUCUUCCAUGCCAUCCAGUAUUCAAGGUGCCUUGCCCACACAGGCCCAACCCUGGCAGCAGCAGCCCCAGCAGCAUCCUGGUCUGCAACAGGCGAUGGGGUCCCAGCCAGGCUCUGCUAAUGGGGGCAUGACUGCAGGCUUUCCCAACUCUGGCUUCCAUGCGCAGUCGAGGAUGACUAAACUUCCGAACAAUGCCCCAUUUUCCCAGGUUGGAAUGGGUAACAGUGUGGCUGGAAGAGCCAUGGCUGGCAUGAACCCUGGAAAGAUAAUGCCUAAUAUGAAACAACAACGGACAAAUAACCCAGCCGUGGAGCAGCAGAUGCCUCCUUCCAACCAGCAGACUCCCCAGCAAGGCCAACCGGUGCCUCAAACCCAGCAGGUUCUGCCCGAUCUUGGGCCUUUUAGCCAGGCUCAGACUGUACCCAGCUGCACUGCAGGGCUUCAAAGCAAUCAAGCCUAUCAGCUUAACAGGACAGCCAGUCAGCACCAGUUUGGCUACAACAGCCAAUCGAGUGGCAGCUUGUCUGGUUUCCCUGCUGAAACUGAGCUGGACUCACUGUUGAAGAACCAUUCAACGCAGGAGUGGAUGGAUGAUUUAGAUGAGCUGUUGGCCAGUCACCAAUGACUGACACAUGCUGACCAUUAACAGACUUUUUAAGCAUAUGUUGGUAACUUUAAUGUGGGGUAGAAUGGAUUUACUGGUCGUAUAGUUGUCAGAAUGUCUGUUUCCUCUAUUGAGUAUGUACUUUGUGUAUGUAAUCCAAUAUGAGUUCAGCACAGGACCAAGAGCCUGUGUAGUAUUGAAAUGAUGUCUGGGCUUGAAAUAUUGAGGAGGAAAAUGCUCUACUACUGAACCUGUGGCUCAUUAAAACCACUGAAUUUUACUAUAUGAUAAGUGUAUGCAAAGAAAAAAACAGUUCCGCUGUUCAUGCAGUUUUUUUAUUUGCAUUGCCUGUAGGCAUGUGGAGAGUAUGUUAAAUGUGAGUAGUCCCUUUAAACAGCCUCACAAGCCUUCAUUUUGCACUCUUUAUUUGCAUAACUGAUUUACACAUGCAACUGAAUAUGCAAGUAAAAGUGUGGUUAAUUACUUAAAGGAAAAGAUCACCCAAAAGUAAGAAUUCAGUCAUGAUGUACUCACUCUCCUGUCUUUCAGAACUUUCUUUGCAGCUGAAACGGAGCUCUGUAGUUCUUAGUUUAUUUGCUGUCACAUAAUUCCUUUGUAAUGUAGGUGCGGUGAAAUGGUGGUAUGGAAAACAAGAGGAUCAGGAAAAGCAAUGUUUGAAAUCAGGACUGACAUGUCAAGGCUAAAAUAUAACAUGCAAUAUGUUAUAUUCCUUUUUUUCAUACAGUAAGUCAUACAGGUUUGAAAAGAUGUAAGAGUGAAUAAAUAAUGUGAGUUUUCAUAUUUGAGUGAAGUAACCUAUUAGGUUCCAUACCCUCUAUGUUCAAAUGUAGUUUCACACAUUGUAAGAAUUGGAUGCUUUGACAGGUUGUGUCAGCUUAAAUGAUUAAGACUGCAGAGCAGUUUAGAACACUACAAUGAUAAAGUGAAAGUGUGUAUCCCUACACUGUAAAAAGUAAUACCUUAGAUCUACUCAAUAAAAUUAUGGCAACAGAUUAUAAGCAAUUUUUUAAUUAAAUACAACUUAUUAGAACUGAGUAAAUUUCAAUCAAUUUGCUUUAAAGUUACACAAUAAAAUGGAGUAAAUGCAAAUUGUGACAUAAUAAAAUUGACUUAAGGUUCCAAGGUCUACUUAAUUAAAUAUUAAUAACAAAUAAUCAAAAAUAAUAAUUCAACUUUAAAUAUUAUUCCGAGAAGGUAGAAUUUACCUAAAAAUGAUCAGACACCACAAAAGGUUCUGAGGUGAAUUUAUCUUGGUCAAAACUUUUGGAAGAAAAAAAUCAGAAACACAGACAUUAAAUGAAAGAAGCAAAACACACAUAUAACUCCGUAAAUAAGAAUAAUAACAAAUCAAUUACUUCCCUUCUAACACUGUGGCCUAACCAGAUGAUACAAGAAGCCACGACAUUUAAAAAAGCGAUUUCGCCGAAGCGGCUAGUAAUUCGGCUUUAAACAGCACGGAAAACAUAUACCCAGAUAACAAAAGUUUGUUAUAAGAACUUUCCUUAGAGGUUUUUCAUGCUUUUGAAAACGUUUUGAAAACAUUCAGUGUCCAGUUUUUUAAUGUUUUAAGAACGUCCCUAGCUAACAAAAGUCACCAUCAUGGUGAUCAGUGUUUUCUUGAGUUGGGCUCUUGACCCUUCAUAUUGUGUAACUUUUAAGCAAUAAAAUUGAUUGAAAUGUACUCAUUUCUAAUAAGUUGUAUUUAAUUUAAAAAAUAUAUUGAGUAGAUCUAAAGUAUUACUUUUUACAGUGGUAUUUGAUCAUUCAUAUUACACCUUUUUUUUUUUACUUUGAAAAGCUGUGUUAUAGACUUAUGCAUUGGUUAGAGGGUUAAUGUUGCAUGAAUAAGUGUUACCUGCAUAAUGGCUGUGACAGGAGUUCUUUUAUAUAUUGUAGUUCUUAUUGUUCAGGAGAAGAUAGAUCUUAUUUUUAUAUGUACAUUAUUGACAAAGUUGAAGUAUUUUAGACUUUUUUAUUGUUCUUUGUAAACAAGAGUAUGAUGUAAAUAUAGCUCUUUAGAAUUGA